CGACGCCGAAUAUUUACUAGACUACAACACUUCAACCAACAACUACUCUUUUUAAAACCCAUUCUUUUUUUCUCUCUCUAUCUCUCACUUCAACACACACACUCUCUCUCUCUCUCACUACUAUUCAUUCUUUCUCUCUCUAGAAAAAAAACCCAUUUCAUUCUCUCUCUAUUCUCUUCCGUUGUUGCGUAUGAUUACAGAUCAGGCAGCACCAACCAUUUAGCCUCUAACGGUUCUCUCAUCUUUCCAUGGCUUCUGCUCCUUCGUCGUCUUCUCCUUCUUCUUCCUCCAAACUAUGCUUCAAUUCUGACUGUAAAGACUUCAAGUCUGAAAGACCUAAGAAAGGUUGGAGAUUACGUACCGGUGACCUAGCCGAACUCUGUGAUCGAUGCGGUUCUGCUUUUGAAGAAGGGAGAUUCUGUGACAUUUUUCACGCAAAUGCUUCCGGUUGGAGGAAUUGUGAGACUUGUAGGAAGCGAAUUCAUUGUGGGUGUAUUAUUUCAAGUAACACCUUCGUGUUGUUGGAUCCAGGAGGAAUUGAGUGUUUUACAUGUGCCCGCAAAAAUAUUAUUUUGCCAUCUAAUCUGCCAUGGCCACAAUCUUUAUCUCUUCAAAAUCGUUUAUCGGAGAGACUUAGAGACAUAUCUGCCAAAAAUUGGAGUCAGUUAGCUGGAUCAGGACCUGUACCCUGGAAGCAAGCACCCAGUUUAUUCAAUUCAGCUUCUUCAUCUGACCAGCAUCCAGACGGGCACUCUGUCGUUGAGUUAUCAAAUAACUUUGACACAAAUUACGGCGGCAAUGAAAGGUUACCCACCUCAUCCUUGGAAAAGAAAAAUGAAGAUUUUUCUGGAAUAUCGGCUAAUUGGAAUGUCAAACUUGGUUCAAGGGAAAUGGUCCUUAUGAAUGGAAUGAGGAAUGACGACAAAUCAAGUCCGUGUUUAAAUAUGUGCCAACAGCAUCAUUCCCUGAAGGAAGACUCAUCUUCUCAGCCAUUUGGUUUAUCUGUACCUUAUUCUUCCCCAAAUGAAAGAAAUGGUCUGAUUGGGGUAACUGGAAUUCAUUCACAGCAAACUCCACCUCAUCCAGGCAAGCAAUUUAGUGGCACUAUGCAUUUAGCUCUUGACUCAUCAGGUGAAGCUCAGGUUCGCAAUGGGCGACCUCGAGCAGAUGCCCGAGGAAGAAGCCAGUUGUUGCCACGUUACUGGCCCAGGUGUACUGAGCUGGAGCUACAACAAAUAUCUAUAGACUCUAAUUCUGUAAUAACUCCCUUGUUCCAAAAAACUUUGAGUGCUAGUGAUGCUGGGCGAAUUGGGCGUUUGGUGCUACCCAAAAAGUGUGCUGAGACCUACUUCCCACCAAUUUCUCAGCCUGAAGGGUUGCCACUUAAAAUCCUUGAUGCAAAAGGAAAGGAAUGGAUAUUUCAGUUCCGCUUCUGGCCGAAUAACAACAGCAGAAUGUAUGUUUUAGAGGGUGUAACUCCAUGCAUACAAUCCAUGCAGUUGCAAGCAGGUGACACGGUAACAUUUAGCCGGUUGGAGCCAGAAGGGAGGUUGGUUAUGGGAUUUAGAAAGGCUACAAGUGCCAUACCACCUGAUCAGGAUAAUGAAGCUAAUAAGACUGGAAAUGGAUUUUCUGCACAUGAAGUUGAAUUGGGUGAUCCUAGUUCUUGGUCAAAAAUUGAUAAGUCGGGAUACAUUGCAAAAGAAGCACUGGGGAGCAAAUCUUUAAUCUCUAGAAAGAGAAAGAACAACAUAUUGGGUUCAAAAAGUAAACGUCUAAAAAUUGAAAAUGAGGAUAUAAUAGAGCUGAAGAUUACAUGGCAAGAAGCUCAAGGCCUGCUCCGCCCCCCUCCUAACCAUGUUCCAAGCAUUGUGGUGAUUGAAGGCUUUGAGUUUGAGGAAUAUGAGGAUGCUCCAGUGCUUGGGAAGCCAACUAUUUUCACUAGUGAUAAUAUGGGUGAAAGGAUUCAGUGGGCUCAAUGUGAAGAUUGUCUGAAGUGGCGCAAAUUGCCAGCAUGUGCACUUCUUCCAUCAAAGUGGACGUGUUCUGAUAAUUCUUGGGAUCUAGAAAGGUCUUCUUGUUCAGUCGCACAAGAGCUUACAGCAGAACAACUUGAGAAUUUGUUACCCCCUUGUAAUUCAGCUGUUUCCAAGAAAAUGAAGGCUGCUAAGCAGGAUCCUGAUCAUGCUGAAGCUUUGGAGGGACUUGAUACACUUGCAAAUCUAGCUAUCCUAGGGGAAGGGGAGGCUCUCCCGGCAUCUUCCCAGGCCACAACAAAACACCCACGACAUAGACCUGGCUGCUCCUGCAUUGUGUGCAUUCAGCCUCCAAGUGGAAAGGGCCCCAAGCAUAAGCAGACGUGCACAUGUAAUGUCUGUCUAACGGUGAAACGUCGUUUCCGUACCCUUAUGUUACGGCGUGAGAAGAAACAAUCAGAAAGAGAAGCAGAGACAACACGGAAAAAGAUGCAGCAACAGAAUUCCCAGCAAUUGCCUUCAUCCGAGAUUAUGCUUGAUGAUGAUUCUUUGCAUAAUAGUAAUAAUACAGGUGAUAGUAGCCCAAACAUGAACAAGGAGGGUAAUGACGGUUCUGAUGAUGAUCCUCACCGGAUAAAAUCAUCUGUGUCUCCGUUUAAAGGCAGAAUUGACCUCAAUAUCCAGCCAGAGCGAGAAGAAGAAUUGUCACCUGGUUCAGAUUCUGGUGGUGUAAUGAAGCUGCUCCACGAUGCUACUGAGAUAUGCCUCAAGCAGCAGCAGAAUGUUUUGAACUCUGGCACUGGAGAUUCAUCAGGUAGUCAGUCACAGCAGGUAGGAAAUGUAGUGAGGGAAGAGAAGCUUAGCAAUGGUGUUAUCCACGGUAGCAGUAGUCAUAAUGCAGAUAAGGAACACACUCAGUCUUUGUCUAUGAACGUGUGAACGGCAUAAUUUGACAUGUUCUUGCAAAGCUUGUUGAAGUGGGGAAAUAUUUUGCUGUAAUUCAUCCAUUUCGGCAUAUCUUAUUAUUCGUGUUUGUACAUAAAGAGGGGUAGGAGGAAAAGGAAUUGGUGAAAAAACCAAAAUAUUCCAGAGUGGACGACAUAGUGUUUUGUGUAGGGAAAAUAUGGAAUGCAGCUGAAUCAGGUAGUGGGUUGAAGCUAUUUAUUUUCAUUUUGGGGGCUCACCGUGCCACCUGAUUUUGACAACAUUGAAAAUGUAACUAUGCUUAAUUUGUUCUCCCAAUUGAUUUUUAACCCUUGAAAUUUUUCUAGUUAGUCUAAGUUCUGUUGUCUGUUUCUCUUUAUUUGAAGCAGAAUUUUGCCCAUACUUUUAGGCAAGCUACCUUUGCACCAAAGUUUGCUGAAAUAUAUUGGUUGUCUUAUCCA